AAAUUGUUAAAGCUACCUUAGUAUGAGGUGGUCAAAGUUAAAAGCAUUGAGAGCCAAUACAGUGCACACAUGAAAUUCUUCUUGGCAUCGGUGUUUUUAUAAAGGUGGUGUGAUUUAAAAUUUGAUAUUCUUGAAUAUCAAUAUUAGGGGAGUAUAUAUUUUGUGUUGUUGAAUUUGGUCUUUGCCUUGCCUUGCAAUGGGCAAUGUUGUUAAAAUGGUGUUGUAGUCAUUGCAAUUGAACAAUGCAUGCUUUCUCUCUGUUUCUUCCUGCCUUGUUUUCCUUUACCAAUAUUGUUAUCCCUCUGUGUUUUUCACAUUCUACUGAGCGCGGCCUCUGCUGCACAUUGUAGAGUUGGGUAUCUAUUGAUUGAAUGAAUGAAAGAAAAGGGUGAGGGCUGUCACACAGCAGGAUCCAGCCUGACAGCUACGUAUUAUCGUCUCCUUUGGGUCUAGGGUUGGUCUGAGCUGAACAUGAAAGGGACAAAGACUGACGAGGAGGAGUUUGAGAUGCUCUUAGGGGAAAUACCCCGGGCAACAUCAGCUCCUCCUCAUCUAGAGGAGCUUCAAAGGGUGAAUAAUAAGUCUCCCAAGGCUGGUAAAGAGAGUGGUCCUUUGAAAAGGGAAGGGUCCAACAAAUCUUCUGUCACAGACACAUAUGAAGAUUUUUAUGAGAGUUAUCAUGGAGUAAAGAAUGUCUCUGUGUCCUCUGCGGGUAACAUUCAUGCGCAUUCUCCUCAUUCCAAUGGCCACAUUAAUUCAUUCUAUAGCAGCCUGUCGUUUGACAGUCCCCGUGGUGUGGCUUCUACUCUACUUCCAGAAAAUGAGAGAUCUCCGUCGAAAGCCAUAUUGCAUCAACAGAAAAACAUGGAACAUGAAGAAAAACAGUCGCCACUGUCAAUUCAUAAAAAUGGGGUUGCCUUGCCUACACAACAGUUUUUAACAAAUGAUCAAUCCCUUGCAAGUGCAUUUGGAAAUUUGAGCUUUAGGGAAGAUGGUCAUACUAAACAUCCAAUUCAAGCUAUGAAUGAGAAUGGAGGAUUUGGUCCUAAACUUUUAGAAGAUGGUAUAAUUCCAAGCCAAUCUAAUGGAGCAUAUCCUGCCAUUAACACAAUCGGUGUGUCUAUUCAUGAACCUUUUACUCAGACAUUGAAUUCUGUAGGCCCUGAAAUAUCACCCCAUACAUUAAAUCAUCCCAGUUCCCAGGCAACCAUGUCAGCUCCCUUUGAAAUGCAUGGUGUUAAGUUUCCUGCUCAUUUAAAAAAUCAUAAUGUUAAUGGCAGAGAAAUGGAUAUGAUUUUGAAGCAGAAUUCUUACAAUGCAGCAUGUGGGACCAAUUUAGUUGGGCAAUAUUAUGACCGAUCAGGAGUAUUGCUAGACCAUCAAGGCCAUUUUCCUCUGUACCCUUCAGGAAGAACUCUGCAUGACUUGUCCGCGUAUCAGAUCCUGCCAAGUUCAUCCAUGCAUGAUUCUGGUGCAGAAUUUCACUCUUCUGUAAUGAAUUUGCAGCCACAAUAUUAUGCAGAUUCUCAAAUUGGAUCAUACUUGGAACGUCAACAUCCUCCUUUUUCUUCACUACAGCAGGUAAAUCCAACACACUUGGCAUGGCAUGGAAUUGAGGAUGAAAAACGUAGCAGAAUGAAUCAGCAGUAUAUUUUAUUGCAGCAGGCUCAGGCUUUUUCUGGUCUUCCUAGUCAGGCAGCAUGUACAAUUAGUGGAAGUAUUAAUAAUAUUGGUGUUAGGCCUCAAGUUCCUGUGAAAACUUUACAAGAAUUUGACAAGCCUCUUAGCAUCCAUCAAAGCAAUGGAAGAGCUACUGCAGAAAGUGAUUGCACAAGUUUUGUUCCAAGAUUGGCAGGUCCUUUGAAUCACAAAGAGUUUCCUCUGCAAGGUGGAAACAUUUCUAGAUAUAACAGCCAUGGCUUCUGUGCCAAUGGUGAAAGCUAUCCCUUUGCUGAUUGUCAAAUGCAACCAGUUACAAGUGCAAGAAUGUCUGGUUCUUUAUCACUUAAGGGUCCCCGCAUGGUUACAUUUUUGGAGCAACAAGAAAACCCUAAUUUUCCUGAAAAGAUUUUGACGAGAAACCGGUCCCGCGGAGUGAAUUCAAUUACAACAAUCAAUCCAUCCUCUACAGGGGGACGAAAGAAGGACUCCUUCACAUAUGGACAUGGUAUUUCAAAGACAUAUUUAAAUGGACAGUAUUCUUCUGGUAUGACUUCUGGGUCUUUUCAGUUGGAUAUUCGAGCAAAUUCUAAAGGAGUACCUUCUAGAAUCCCAGAGUCUGAACUAAUGCCCAAGGUCAUACCUAAUGCUCAGCAACAAGUUAAAUAUAAUUCAUUAGAAGAAGUGCAAGGUCGUAUCUAUCUUAUAGCAAAGGAUCAACAUGGCUGUCGUUUUCUACAGAAGAAGUUUGAGGAAGGAAGUACCCAGGAUGUCCACACGAUUUUUGUGGAGAUUAUUGAUCACAUAAUCGAACUCAUGACUGAUCCAUUUGGGAAUUAUCUUGUUCAAAAGCUUUUAGAAGUGUGUAAUGAGGAUCAGAGAUUGCAAAUUCUCCUUGCAGUGACUGGGAAGCCUGGUGAGCUUGUCAAUAUAUCACUUAACAUGCAUGGGACACGGGCUGUACAGAGAUUGAUAGAAACCCUACAAACGCCAGAACAAAUUUCGCUGGUUAUAAAAUCACUUAAAUCAGGUGUUGUUACUUUGAUAAAGGACUUAAAUGGCAAUCAUGUUGUACAGCGUUGUUUGCAAUGCCUCAGUGAUAAAGAUAACCAGUUUCUUUUUGAUGCUGCAGCAAAACAUUGUGUUGAAAUUGCAACACAUCGGCAUGGAUGCUGUGUUCUCCAACGGUGUAUUGAUCACUCUGAUGGAUUGCAACGUGAUUUUUUAGUGUCAGAAAUAGCUGCAAAUGGCCUCGAGCUAUCUCAAGAUCAGUUUGGAAAUUAUGUUGUCCAGUAUAUUUUGGAAUUUGGAAUCCCAUGGGCAACUGCGAAGGUCAUUACUCAACUUAAAGGUCAUUAUGCAGUGCUUUCAAUGCAAAAGUUCAGCAGUAAUGUCGUGGAGAAGUGUCUGAAGGAAGGUAAAGAAGAGCUCCGUGCAGCUAUUAUUCAGGAGCUGUUAAGUAGUUCCCAACUUGGGGAACUUUUACAGGAUGCUUACGGCAAUUAUGUUGUCCAGUCAGCUUUGGGAGCUUCAAAGAACCAGGUGGCAGUUCAUGCUGCAUUGGUCGAAGCAAUUCGGCCACACUUACCAACUUUGCGGAGCUGCCCAUAUGGAAAGCGAAUUCUUUCCCGUACAAAUUUGAAGAAAUAAUAUUUAUAAGUAUGUAGUGCUUACGUUUUUGGAAGAUCUUUUGAUUAUUACAAUGGAGAAAAGAUGGCCAUGCCGUCAAAUUGUUGUUUUAGAGGAAAUAACUAUUUUUCAAAGAGUAUAGUUAUUUGUUAUUUCUACCAUCAUUUGUAUGGCAUGUAAAAAUGAAGCAUUUAGCUAUGUAACAUUGCAAUAAAGACUAUUGUGAGCUUGAGGUUUAGAUCAAAAAGGAGAAGCAGGUACCCAGCUCACUGCUGUAUAACAUAUUGGCAUUGAAGAUUUUUCCUAGGGGCAAAUACAAUUUUUCUCUGUAGCAGUGCCCCUAUCAAGUACGAAGGAAUUUUUUGAAAGGUUUUGGAUGCAAGUUAUGCAGAGGAACAGAUGGUUCUUGACAAAGCUAUUUUGUACUUCUGGGGGUUUUUCCCCAUGUGGGAUAUGAAGCAUUGGCUACAUGACCGUAGGUAUUAGAAUAUUAGAUACCACAAACAUGUUACUUAUUUUGGUACAUAGCUGCUGGUAUGCUGGAAAAAGUGGCAAUUCCAGUCCAAAAUUAAUCUAAUAGGAGAAGAUUCCACUGAAGCUCUAGAGGUUCUCCAAAAAAAUUGGUCUGCAACCAGGCUUUGUAGAAACUGUUAUUGGUUGGCUGUGGAAAUAAAUAGACUUUUCCAAAUUUAUACCUAGUAAUUUCCUGGAUAUGGCAUUUCUGGGACUUGUACUAUUGUACCUAAAAAAUUAUAUCUUGAAAAUUCAAAUAUAUCCAAAUAUAUCCACUUGCAUAUUUUGGUCAA